AUGUCAGUCCAAGCUGGAUCUUCAUCUCGAGCUCAAACAGUCAGCGAGACUCUAUCUUCCGUCAUAGGAUUAUUAGAGCAUGAUCAGAAUCUGAAGAAAGCUAUCAAAGAAUCCAUCGAACCAAUUGACGAUUUAUCCAGAGGAGCUAUAACUGAAUUGAACAAAUUACAUUCUGCGCCAUUUUCACAACAUGCCGAAAUAUGUCAAAAUGCCAUUAAUAUCAUAGGCAAAACACAAUCAUUAUGGACCGACGUAGCAAAGUUAAUACCCGAAAGUGAAUUUUACCGAUACCAAUUCGCUCUUGGACCCACCAUGAGAGCUCUUACAACUUCCAUAGUCUUAGCUAGAUUCAUCUUACAUGACGACCUUACUCCUUCGCAUACCAUUUCUACUGUUCUUGGGUUACAAUCUGAGUCUACUUCCGUACUUCAAUUGUCAGCAGAAGAUUAUUUGCAAGGUGUCAUAGGAGCUGUCAAUGAACUCCCUAGAUUAUCAGUAAAUGCAGUUACAGCUCAAAAUUUCGAAUUACCAGUCAAGAUUGCAAGUUUCGUCAAUGAUAUAUUCGCAAGUUAUUCUCUUUUGAAUUUGAGAAAUGACGCUCUGAGACGGAAGUUCGAUUCGUUGAAAUAUGAUCUCAAAAGGUGUGAAGAUGUCGUAUAUGAUCUGACUCUCAGAGGAUUGACCAAACCAAGAGAAUAA